AUGGAAGUUCAAAGUCAGGUCCCCCCCGCCUCCGCCGGCUCCCAAGCCUCCUGCAUUGUCCCCGUCUCGGCCGAUGUCUCCCCCUCCACCAUUGUCCCCGCCGCCUCCGCCGAUGUCCCGGCUGCCUCCGCCGUUGUCUCCGCUGCCUUCCCCGAUGUCCCCGCUGCCUCCGCCGCUGUCUCCCCCUCUAGCUUCUAUUCUGCACCUCUCUCUCUCUCUUCAUCUCUCGAGCUCAUCCUCACCUCUCUCAUCGAUCGAUCCCCCCACCUGCACCGUCAAGCUCAGGUCCCCCCGCCUCCGCCGUCGUCUCCGCUGCCUCCGCCGAUGUCCCGGCUGCCUCCACCGUAG